AUGAACAAUCCCAUAAACCAUCCCCCGUCGACCUAUGGUGGCUACCCUGUGAUGGAACAACACCCUUACUACCCUCAGGUGCUCGACUUUUCUGAGGCCGACUCUGGCCAUGUGGAUUACCCGCAGACGAACAUGCAGUCCCAGUACCCCCCGCAGGCUCCGGAUGUCCAACAGUCAGAACCCUGUCAGGCGUGGGCGGAUGUGAACGCCAAGCUACACACCAUGCCCCGCCCCGGAAAUGCAGUCCUUCUCGCGCCCCAGCCCAUGUAUUUGACCCCGAGCAGCAUUGCCACAGACAGCCAGUAUUCGUCCCCGAGCCUGAUAUUCGAUCAAACCCACCUGAAGCCUUACUGGGCAUGCGACACUGUCAGCAACACCAGCGGGCAAACGAACAACUCGAGCCGCCACGAAACAUGUUCUUCCUGCGGGGAGUCAGUAAACUCGAGGCAGAUGCAGCGUCACAUCCAAGACCGUCACCGGCAAGAAGGCGACCCGCAUUACGUGUGCAAAUGCGGCCGCGCACACCCGUUCCAGCGCAAAUGGAACCACAUCCGGCACCUGGACAACUGCAAGCGGAAGGGCGACCCCGGCCGGGUUUUCACCUGCAGAUGUGGAAAUUCACUGAGUGAUCUGCUGGCUCACCUGGACCACAUCGAGCACUGCGGGAACCGGAGACCCGGGCGGCCUCGAACAAUCAACUGA